AUUCCCCUGCACAUAAUUCCAAGAGGAUUUUAUAACAUCAUAAUCCAACAAAAACAUGUCUAAGAAAACUCCACCCACCAACAAGUGUAAGAAACUCCCAAACAAAUCCGACCCGCAGGGAUCCCCUUUCGUCAGUAUCCGGCUUUAAUAUAUUAUUUGUAGCCAUAGGUGCCAUCAUCAUAUACUGUACGAAAUAUUGGGUAUUGAAAAUAUCGCAUUUCAGCAACAAAGGAAGAUGAAACUUUUCUAAGUCAAAAAAAAUCAGCAGUUCCUCUGUUUUUAUAGUUUCUUCCUCCCCUGGAACAUUGCCCUAUUUGCACUGUAAAACAUGAUUUUCCAUCUUUCACUCAACACCAUCUCAAAUGGCAUCAGCAAUCCUGAUCUGUUUUCUUAUGCUCUUUGUGGGCUUGCCUUAAUCUGGUUUGCUGUCAUUUUUACGAGGAAGUCAACCAAAGGGAUGCCACCAUUGCCACCAGGUCCUAAAGCUUUGCCCCUUGUUGGAAAUCUGCUGUCACUUGAUCCCGAGCUUCAUACCUAUUUUACAAACCUAUCCAAAUCUUAUGGUCCAAUCCUAACUCUCUGGCUUGGUAAAAAAGUUGGGAUUGUGAUUAGUUCUCCUUCACUUACUAAGGAGGUGCUCAAGGAUCAAGACACGAUUUUUGCCAACCGGGAUGUUCCGGCUGCUGGCCGGGAAGCCACCUACGGUGGCGCUGACAUUGUUUGGAAUCCAUACGGCCCGGAAUGGAGGAUGUUGAGAAGAGUUUGCGUGAGGGAAAUGCUUAGCAAUGCUACUUUAGACUCUGUUUAUGCCCUGAGGCGGAGGGAGCUCCGGCAGACGAUUAAUUACUUCUACAGCCAGUCCGGGAAGCCGGUUAAUAUCGGAGAACAGAUGUUUUUAACGGUUCUAAAUGUUAUUACCAAUAUGCUGUGGGGAGGCACGGUAAAGGGAGACGAAAGGUCGAGUCUUGGUGCAGAAUUCAGGCAUGUAAUUAAUGAGAUUACUCAAUGUUUAGGGAUGCCUAAUGUAUCGGAUUUUUACCCUGGUUUGGCGAGAUUUGAUCUGCAAGGAAUUCAGAAAAAGACCAAGAUGUUAACGGGGAAGUUUGAUAAGAUAUUUGAGAGGCUGAUCGAGCAGAGGAUGAAGGAAGUUGGUGGUGAUGUUAAAGAAAGCAAGGAUUUCCUGCAGUUCCUGCUCAAGUUGAAAGAUGAAGGAGAUGGGAAAACUCAAUUUACCCUGACUCAUAUCAAGGCCUUACUCAUGGAUAUGGUAGUGGGUGGAACUGAGACAACCUCAAACACAGUCGAAUUCGCAAUGGCAGAGAUGAUGCACAACUCUGAAACCUUAACCAAAGUUCAGCAAGAACUCGAAACAGUUGUGGGCAAAGAUAGAAUCGUAGAAGAAUCCGACAUUCACAAAUUACCAUACUUAUACGCUGUUAUGAAAGAAACACUGAGGCUUCAUCCUGCACUUCCCCUUUUAGUCCCUCACUGCCCAAGUGAAUCCUGCAUUGUUGGAGGAUACACAAUCCCAAAAGGCGCUCGGGUUUUUGUAAACGUUUGGGCGGUACACAGGGAUCCUUCCAUUUGGGAGAACCCGUUGGAGUUUCGUCCUGAGAGAUUCUUGAAUGACAAACUGGAUUACAGUGGAAAUGAUUUCAAUUAUUUCCCGUUUGGUUCGGGCAGAAGAAUCUGCGCUGGAACAGCAAUGGCGGAGAGGAUGUUCAUGUUUUCGCUGGCUUCGUUGAUUCAUUCGUUUGACUGGAAGGUGCCUGAUGGAGAAACUUUGGAUGUGGAAGAGAAGUUUGGUAUUGUGUUGAAGAAGAGAAAUGCUUUGGUUGCCAUUCCAACCCCAAGAUUAUCAAAUGUAUCUCUGUAUGAUGAGUAAAACUAACACAGUUGAAGGAAUGUCUUGGUAAAACGGAUGUAAUUUCAUUCAAGUUUAUUUUGGAACCCAAACUUGAAAUCUUGACUGUUUUCGAGAUGCUAAUAUGUCAAUUUUGAUACGAUGAAAAAGAAAAGAUAGCAGCCAAGUUCAGAGAUAAAUGGUCUGGUCAAUCACUUAAUUUGAAGCUUAAUAAUUGAUCUUGAAUGAGAUAAACAAAGCCGCCUGAUUGUCACACAAUUAUAUUGUAA